AUGGGCACCGUUGGAAAGGCAGAAGGGGCGCCAUUAGACGGAGAACUGGGCACCUUGUGCUGUUUGAAUUUAGAAAAGAAAUUUUGCAUGUGUUUCUGUAGGAGAAAAUUGACAGAAAAUCCUGGAAAAUCACCGGGAACAGUUCCAGAAAUUGGAGUAUCAGAACAGAUUCGAGAAAGUUUCAGCAUAGGAAUCAACACAUUCGCUCGUCCGCUGAGCAUGAUGAAGUUCUUACUGCUGUUGGCUUUGGCUGCUGUGGCUGCUGGGGAUCACUCCCUUGGCGGACACAGGCAUUUCCAUGGACUUUCCCAUCCCGUUGGGCAUGGGCACUUCCCUCAUGUUGGGCACGGGCACUUCCCUCAUGUUGGGCAUGGCUUCAGACAUGCCGCCGUCCACCGCCCCGUGCGACCCGUGGCACCUGUGCGACCUGUGGUGCACCAGCCGGCUCCCGCGCCCUCGGUGCAUCGAGGCCAAACUGUACCUGCGGUGCCACCGGCAGCUGCCUCGGGCGUCCCGGUGGACGACAGGCAGGGCGACAGCGAAUAUCAUUUCUCGUGGCGCCAUGACGGCCGCAAGACCUACACGUGGGAUGGCGCCAACCAGUACUGCGGCAACCUUGGCUCCGGCUGGCAGGGUAUCAGCAUCGGGACUCAGCAGGAGGACAGUCUCGUCAGGAAAGCGAUUAUAGAAGAUCGCCUACCAUGGAUUUGGACUUCAGGUCGUAUCAAGAACCACGGCUUCGCCUGGGCUUCAGGUGAAGAAUUCGUGGGUCUGAACUGGUCUCACACCGGCGGGAAUCAUCGACCGCAACCAGACAACCGAGAGGGGAACGAGCACUGCCUGGGGGUUCUCAACGAUUUCUACGACGACGGCGUCAAGUGGCACGACAUCGCCUGCCACCACGACAAGGCUAUCAUCUGCGAGCGCAAAGUCCGAGUUCACGGAUAAACACAAAUACACAUGCAUGAAGGAGUACAUGCAUACUGCUUUCAUGUAGUAUGAUCACGUCCAUAUGA